AUGUGGUCUUUCUGGACCAUACUUCUUAUUUCCUUAGGCGUUUCGGGAUUACCGGAUGAAUAUAUAAAAAGUAAGAUGCGUCAGAACAGUACUGUAUUUUUACUGUGAAAAUUGUCCUUUUUAGAAGUCCAAAAAGACCCGUUGAACGCUUUUUUAACAAGCCCUUUUGACAAACCAAGAUACACGCUCAACAUUCAUACCAAUGACAGUUUACCACACGACGUGGUUGUUCAUUCAUAUGACAUCUUAUUGGAGCCUUUUUUCAAGUUCCCCGGCUUCAGCUUCAAUAAAGGUAAGAUGCCUGGCAAACUAUGUCUAUAAUGGCUUUAAAUUUAUAUGUCUUCAGACCUUCUCUACACCUUCAAAGGAAGUGCUUCGAUUGUUUUCUCCGUGCUGAAACCGACCUUUCAAAUUGAGUUGGCUUCGGCCGUCAAGAUCUCGGAAUACUCCCUAACCUCCGGACGUCAGCGAAUUAGCCUCUCAAAACUCAAUAUCACCGGUGAAAACCACCUAACUUUACACACGACUCAAAAGUUAUACCCGUUGAAGAAUUACACUCUGCAUUUCCGUUACAGUAAUGAGAUGAGUCAAGCCUCCAGAGGAAGUGUUUAUUAUUACGAAUAUAACGAUAGAGGCAAUGUUGCGACGUAAGAUAACAUAACCGAAAAAGUUUAAAUUUUACUUACAGCUCUUUGGUGGCCAGUAUUUUCGAAACCAUCCAUGCAAGAGAAGCCUUCCCUUGUUUUGACGACCCGUCGCUCAAGGCAACUUUCAAAUUGAGCCUGAUCCAUCCGAAGAAUGCCAAAGUUUACAGUAACGCGGAAAUUGGCGAGCAACAUUACUUUGAGUAGGUGAUUUAGACCUAUUCUUAUCGCAUGCAAAACUGUCCAAAAAACAUUCUACUGCGAUUUCAGUGAGCAACGGAGUCUUACCCGUUUCAAGCCAACUGCAAAGAUGUCCACCUACCUCUUGGCUUUUGCUAUUGGUGAUUUUGUCGAGAGUCAUGCAACUUCCGCCAGCGGAGUAAAGGUAGAGAUACGAAUAAUACUAGUAAAAGGAAUGUAGAUCCGCGCCAUGGCCGUCAAUAAAUACAGAGGUCUCACCAAUGAAGCCGCAGUUAUAGGUGCUCAUUGUGUCGACACGAUGGAAAACUUGGUCAGGGUGAACUAUCCGCUCAGCAAAUUGGGUACGGUUCUUUACUCCUCGUCUCGAAAUGGCGGUAUUUCUUUUUAGAUCACCUCGAUACGGUCGAAUUUUCGGCUGGCGGAAUGGAAAACUUUGGCUUUAUCAUCUACGGAGACAUUGUACCGUCUUCUUUUGGUCAGACGAUCGCGGAAAGCUAUGGGCAGAAGAGUGUGAUCUGUCACGAAACUGCACAUCAAUGGUGAGAAACAGGAUGACGUUGGCAAGGUUGUUGUUAUAGGUUUGGAGAUCUGGUAACUGCCCAGAAAUGGGGAUGGGAGUUUCUCCAUGAAUCUUUUGCUAACUACUUCGAAGCCCAUACUGUGGGACAGCUGGACAAGUAUAGGUAUUUUGUGGUAAGUCGAAUAUCUAUGAGCAUCUUCUGGGUGUAAAAAAAUUGUCAAAAUUGCUACACAGGGUUCUUAUGUCCAAUAACAAGCUUUGUUAUCCUUUUAUUUUUUAGGAGAUAUCCCGUGUCCCGGUCAUGAUGGAAAUGGUGGAACAAUUCUCUGCGGGAAGUCAUCCAGUAGCCGACAAUACUAGCCAUUUUGAUUGUGAGGUGUUAUAAUCCGCUUGCUUACGUUCCUCUUUUAGCUAUCACCUACGACAUAGGUGGAGCAAUUCUGAACAGUAUCCGUAACGUCUUGGGUGACAGAACCUUCUAUAAAGGCUUGAACAUCUACCAAAGAGAGAACGCCUAUGCAAACGCAAACCUCGAUGUCUUAUUACAUAGCUUUGAAAAGGUAAGCCGAUCUGAGGCAGCCAUUUCAUCGCUUAUUUCCAGGCAAUGGACACUAAAUAUCUAUGUGGGAAUCUUACUUUCACAGGCUAUGCUAAAGACUAUUUCCUUCAAAUCGGAGCUCCUAUCGUCAAUGUUGAACUGGAUGACAACAACGUUCAUGUGAUUACACAAACCCCAUUCCGCAAGAAAAACUUGUGGAAUGUCCCAAUCUUUGUCCAAGAUCUCGAUACUGCAAAGGAACGCCUUAUUUGGCUGCUGAAAGAUGGGAGUAUUUGCAGUCCGCUGUCGACCGAAGCAAAUGCUAAAUAUUUCUUCAACAACAACGGAAAAGGCUUUGCCAAGUUCAACAUUAACCAGACAAUACUCGAAGCUGUUUACAAGCACGAGAAGUUUACCGGAUUGACGAAAGAAAACCAUGAAUUUGUGGUGGCAACUGUAACAAACGACUUGGAGAACCCUGAACUGGCGAAUGAACUAAUAUACAAGAUUUUGAAAGCAAACGGAAAAGUCAGCCCAAACUUGCUGCGACAUCUUUGGACACAUAGCAAGGUGAGACACGAUCAUAGCAAGAAUAAUCUUAAGUUCUAGUAUUACAACAAGACCUUGGAACUGAUCAGCAACAAGUUCGAUUACAAGAAUACGCCAGAGAAUUUGUAAGUUGGAAAAGUUUUCUUUUGCUCAUUUUGUUUUACUCUCUUCAGAAUUCUUGGUGAGUACUUCUUGGAGCGAGCCGUGCGGGCAGGAAUUGAAAGCACCGUAGACAAGGCAAACCAACUGUUUGAAAAGUUCACAAGCGAGUGUAAAGAAGGGAGUGAUGUUGUGGAAUGCACAGAGUAA